AUGCCUCCAAAAGAUCCUAAAGCAAGCCAAAAGGGAUCAACGGUAACUCCUUUAACUAGUGUGUAUGGAGAAUUAGAUGAAAUGUUCCUUACACCUAGGCAAACAAGCGUCCUAAUUACUUUAAAAGGUGAUGGACCUGGUCAAGGUGAAUGGUUAUUUCUUAUUUUAUUUGAUGGACAUAUUUUGCUAGAAACGAAGUGGAGUAACGAAGCCGUUCAUGAAAUACAAGCAUUGCCAAUUGAUCUUAAAAAUGAUUGCGAUCAAGGCAUACUGACAGAUCGUCCUCUCACUUUCUUACUACGACUUGCCGGAGGUAAAGGUGUUAAAGAUCCAGAUCCUUUGCUACACGUGGAUAACCGAGCUGGUGGAAAUGUUGAUCUUUUCCCUUUAGUAUUGGGAGAAGAAAAAGUGUACGUUACGGCAUCUUUAGACUAUAUAGCUACCGGAGAAAAAACUGGUUGCUCUGUUACAGUAUACGCUAAAACUAAUGGGAUCGUAGAAAAUAAAAGAGUUCCACUCACAAUUACUGCAAUUUCUGCACAUUGUCUUUCUGUGUCUAAAGAAGGCACUGUUUAUUUAAAUGCUAUUGGUUUAAACGAUAUUCACGAUCCAGUUGCGAUUAAUUUUGGUAUGUCUUUGAGUUCUGUAUCUGCAAAAAAAGUUGUAUGGUCGUCGAUAAGUAAUGCUGGCCUUGCAGCCAAUACAUCCAUGGAAGUUCCUAAAGAAGAUAAGUAUAUACCAGAUGACUUAGAACCGAGCGAUUGUGAUUUAUGCAAUUCAGUGUAUUGGAAUGCUAUGAAACGUGUUCUUGUUGACGCGAUUGCCCUGCGUGAGAGGUUGGAAAAUCCGUUUCUCGUUGAAUUGGCGGGUGUACCAAAACAAGGAAAAAUUGAUGUAAGAGGUCGAUAUAUGACGUUUAUUGAUGCUCGAGUUUUAUUGCAACCUGGACAAUAUGGAGUUACUACAUGUUCUAAGCUUUUUUAUUUUAACGAAGCUGAUUUACCUGAACAAGUAGGUCCUCUAUUAGAGUUACCACCUGCUAGCGCUAAACCAAGUGUUCGGGAUACAGACAUCGUUUUAGAUGAAUUUAAUCACCCAGCUUAUAUUGUCAUGCGGUUUGAUUUAUUCGAAUGUUUAGUUCCGAAGGCUAAAAUUGUUUCCCUAUUUGAGAUAAUGGGAUUUCCUAUGCCAGAGGGGCCAUCUAGCCCUAUAGACGAGUUACGUGCAGAUCCAACUCCUGAGGAAUCUCAGAUAGACGUUCGUAAAAUAAGAAAAGAAGGGGGUGCCUUGGCAGUUCAUAAAGAGCUUUGCAGUUUGUCCUGCAAAGGGACAAUACAAAUGAGUCAAAGUAUUAAACGUACCGCAGCAAAUCGUUUACUUUACCGUUUGAGAUCGAUGCUCAAACAAUUUCAGCCGAGUCAAUGUUCAACUGUUUGUUUGCAAGAUACAAUAACAGCACAGCAUGUGGCAUGUAGAUAUGCAGUUACAUCAUCCUUUGCUCCCCAACCCCCUCCACCUCGACCAACGUCACGUGUUGCAGCUACAAGAAGCCGAAUAGCUGGUGAUAUAAGAAUAGGAAAUGAUCACAUCGAAAAAAAUUUAAGAGCUUUACCAAAACAUCCAAGACCAUACCUAUGUAAGGCUUUGCGUUGUCUUGAAAAUGAAAAGGAACAAGAUGCUCGCGUAUUUCUUUUGAAAGCAUUAAGUUUACAAGCUAGAAACAGAUAUCUUUUAUGGACGCUUGGUGCAAUAGAUUACGAUAAAAGUGGUGAUAAAUUAGAUGCUGCAAGUGCAGCAUUUCGAAUAGCAGUAAAAGGAGAUAUAACAGAUGGUGUCACAAGUGCAAUUGGAUGGGCAGCAUUGCAUGCAUUUUAUCAUUUUAAUAAAAAUAAUCAUGCAGCUUUCGUGGCUGCUAAGAAAAUGCGCAAGUCAUAUGAACUGUCGAGAGAUUGGAAAGCGUUUCUCCAAAGAUGGGUUGAAACCAGUGGUGAAGAAGAAACGUUUUGGAUACCAAGCGUAAUAGAGAUCGAUAACCCCAUGAUUGUUGCAUCAGCAUUUUUUCUUUGCUUACGUAGUUAUAAAUUUAGUGGAGUAAUGCUUCAGUGUGUAAAAAAUGGUUGUGCAAGUCGAGGAUCUCGUAUGAAGCUGCCGAAUGAAAUAACAGUUGACAAUUAUUAUGUCCAAGCCGCUUCAUUAUUAUUAAGACAGCAAGUCGACCGGGCGUUAGAAGUUACAGAGGAAGGUAUUAAAAGGUUUGGACCGUCAUCGAAAAUGUCACAAAUGCGAGCUACAUGUUUGGUGUACGCACGUGGUUGGGAUGGCGAUUGUGAAGAAGGUUUAGUUAUUGCGGACCGCUUUGGUGCUGAACAGACGCCGUCAUUGCUUUUGCGUGCUGCAUUAGGAGGAAUAAAGACUAAUCCUGAAGGGUCUUUACAACGCGCGGCACGUGCUCACAAAAUAGCUCCGUCUGCGCACUCGGCGUUGGCGAUUGGCCGUGUUUAUAUGACAAUUGGAAAGGAAGCAUUAGCAGAGCGAUGGGUAGCUUCUGCAGUAAACACAGAGCCUUUAUUGGCUGAUGCAUGGGCGGUAUUGGCCCUGUUAGCAAUGAAAGAUCGAAAUAUAGAUAAGGCUCGAAACAUGCUUCGAUCAGCGAAACAAGUUGGUGCAAUAAGUGCCGAUAUAAAAGAUGAAGUAAAGAAAGCUAUGAAAGUAGUGCAUUUAGAGGGAUUACCUGAAAUGUUAGUGAAAGAAUUGUGUUUAUGUGAUUAUUACUAAAAAUGGUUUAUUGUAGUUAAUAUUAAUUUAACUUAAUUAUACAUAAAUCUUACUAUUAGGUGUUUCCAUUUAGAAGUGCAGUUUCCGGGUUGAGAAGCAAAAAUAUAU